AUGUCAACAAGCAUAUUCAUAUUCAGUAGUUGGACCAAAAGGGGACAUUGGUCAGUUUUAACUAAGUCGGUUUUGGUUUUAGUGGUCAAUUUCAAUAAAAUUUUAACAAUUUCAUCAGGUGAACCAGGAAUUAUCGGCCCUCCAGGCCCUCGCGGAGAAAAGGGUGAUCAAGGUAUCGAAGGUCCAAUUGGUCCUAAGGGACUUAAAGGGGAUCAAGGAGAAAGAGGUCCAAUUGGCCCUCCUGGAAUAGUUGUUGAUGGAAAGGGAAUAUUGAUUAAGGGCGAAAGAGGGAGCAAAGGUGAAAGAGGUCGAAGAGGUAAAAAAGGACUACCAGGGACAUCGGGAGCUCCUGGAUUACCUGGUUUGGUUAAUUUAACACAAAUUUGGAGUCAAAUUGAGCAAAAAAUUGAUCAGAAACAAAUAAAUAUUGAUCAAAUUGUCCAUGGACUUAAAGGAGAAAAAGGAGAUCCGGGCUUACCAGGCACCUCUGGGCUAGUUCAUAGAGAGGACGGUAUCGUUUAUAUUACCGGCCCGCGAGGAGAAAUCGGCCCACCAGGUAAGCCUGGAAUGGACGGUUUUCCAGGUGAACCUGGUGAACGAGGUAUUCAGGGUAUUGAUGGUCAAAAAGGGGACAAGGGUGAACAAGGUCCCAUAGGCCCACCCGGAAGUAUAGACAACUUGGAAUCUGUUUUGAAAUCGAUGAAUAUAAAUCAGGCUAUACAAUCAGCAUCUAGUUCAGGGCCCUGGUCUUCCUGGUCCUCGGACCCCUGGCACUGGUCAUCCUGGAUACUAAUUGUUGUUAACAAUCAAUUGAAAGUUCAUUUUUCCUCUCACUUUUUAUCAGAAAUGAAUCGAGAUUUAAAAGAUCUAAAAUCUUCCAUCAAACAAGCAUCAGAAUCGAUCAGAGGCCCACCAGGUCCUCCGGGUCCUCCAGGUCCCCCAGGUCAAACUGGACAAUACGAAUCACAAGGCGAUAAACCAAAUGUCAUUCCAGGAGCGGUUAUCGUAAAAGACAUGGCCUCUUUGCGACGAAUGACUUCGAUCAAUUCUGUUGGAACACUCUGUUUCAUCAUAGACGAACAAGCGCUCUUAGUCCGAGUCAAUGGUGGAUGGCAAUACGUUUCGCUUGGAUCGAUGGUCGAAGCAGAAACUGAAAACGUCCAGGUCACAUCUCCUUUGGUCACUUAUAAGCCGAAAUUUGAUCAAACAUUAGACGAUAGGAUUGAAAAGACCCAAAAGAAACUUCGAAUGGCAGCUUUAAAUCAACCUUAUUCGGGGGAUAUGCAAGGAAUUCGUGGUGUUGACUAUGAAUGCUAUCGACAAUCUCGCCGAUAUAAUAUAAAGGGCACCUUCAGGGCAUUUUUAGCUUCUCGAUUACAAAACCUCGACAGUAUCGUUCGUAUACAAGAUGCAAAACUACCGAUCGUAAAUUUGAAAGGUGAGGUUCUUUUCAAUUCUUGGCGUGACUUGUUCAUCGGAUCAGGUGGACCUUUCCUAUUUCCUUCGAGAAUCUAUUCGUUUGAUGGUCGAAGCGUUCUCGCCGACAGUAUAUGGCCACAAAAGCUCAUUUGGCACGGAGCUGAUAAACUAGGUGCUCGAGACGUGGACUCUUAUUGUGACGCUUGGCACUCAAAUAGUCAACAAAAGUUUGGAUUUGCAAGCUCCUUAUUACAUGGAAAACUAUUGGACCAAAAAAAGGUCCAAUGUUCAAAUCAGUUGAUUGUACUUUGCGUCGAAGCAACAAGUCAAGAAGAUUAUCAAAUGACUCGAGAUAAACGAGAUAUUGAUAUGUACGAGGAGAACGAUCAUCAUUUAGCUGAGAGUGUAUUUGAUUAAUCACUUUAUUAACUUUUCAAAAUCAUCCUUUUCCAAUCAACUAAUUGAAAUAUAAUCUGAAAAGCAAUAAACUCCUUCCUUUGAUACAUAAAAAAAGCUAAUUUGUCACAUUAACUUAUCGUUUUGAUAAGUUAAUUGGAUUAUUUUGUUUACCAAAUUCUUAAUUAUUAAUUUUCAACGAUUACUCGUUUUGCAUCAACACCUCAGUUUCCAUCAUGAAAUAGUACCAGAAAUAUUUAUGUGGAUCUUUUUUCCCAUUCAUCCUUGGAAUAACUCGUUACAUGGUUGAAUGUUAUUUCCUAGUAACUUCCCUGGAUAAAUAUUAUUCAAUCGUCUAUCCAUUGGAAUCAAACAGAAUAACUGAACAACCAUUGGUCAAAAUAUUUGCGAUCAAUUUAAUCGUAUCGAUUAUCUUUGCCAUUCCAGCAGCAAUUCCCUUCAAGGUUUGUCCAUCCUCCGGAUCGAUCCAAAUGGUUAACUAUUACAUAUUCAUGGUGGUUUGGAAUGGAUUGAUCAUGCUUAUCAUUCCAGCUUCCACCGAGAUUUUUCUUGGAAUAAGAAUGAUCAUUGAGAUUCGACAAAUGUUAGUUAUCAGCCCAUCGAAUAUGAAAUUUUCACCCGUCAAGCUGAUUCUCAUUAUUCUAACAACAAUUGUCAUUCGAGUCGCUCUCCAAGGACCAUUAACUUAUCAAAGUAUCUUCAAUGUGAUUGAUUCUUCAGCCAUGAUUUACUGUUCAUCGGAUGAAUACUUCAAGGUCUCCGGGUGGGUAUCGCUUUUCACUCCAAUAUACAGCAUCUUGUUCUGGCUGGUUAAUAGAUCAAAAUUUUCGUCCUCUCAAAUUCAGUUCAAUGUUUUAUUCAUAAUUUUAUUGGAAUUUAUAUUUAUAAUAAUUUGGUGUCAACACUUUAAUUGUCAAGCUGAUCAAAUAUUCAGCUUAUUAUUGUUAAGAAGAGAAAUAAAAAUAAACAUCAUUUUAUCAAUUAACUAACUAAUUAGGU